AUGACCCUCAACCUACCUAUUCUAAUCUCAGAUCAUAGUCCUAUUUUCCUUCACACUUCCCCAUCUCAUGAACGUAGGAGAUCUCCAAUUAAACUGGAAGCUUGGUGUCUAGAUUUUAAGGAAAUCUCGCACAUUAUUACCGACAUAUGGCAUACCCAAGUUGAUGGAUCCCCAAUGUAUAGGGUAGCCCAAAAAUGUCGUCACAUAAGAUAUAGAUUAUUCAAAUGGUGCCAAGAGUUCAAAAGGUCUAAUAACAUUAACUGGGAAGAGUGUUUAGAUCAGUGUGGCGAAGCCCAGUCAAAUCUGCUGAACCUCAAUGGAGGUGCCCAGGACGAGAAGAUUGUACAAUCAGCAAGGGAAAAAUUGACCUUACAGGUGAAAUUUUGGAAUCAACGGGUCAAGAGUAAACAUCGAGCUUGGGAAGAUUCAAACACCAAAUGGUUUUUCCGCAAAGCAAAGAGUAGGAAAAAGCGUAAUCAAAUUCUUAUGAUUAAGUCAGCGGCGGGUAACUGGAUAUCAGAUCAAAAAGCAAUACAAAUGGAGAUGAUGAAAUAUUUUGCUCAGAUUUAUCAAGGUCGGCAUCAUGGUAGUGAUUACUGGGAGGAGCUUUCCACUAUACGGAAUUUGAUACCACAAUUAUCAGAGGAUCAACAGAAUUCUUUGACAAAAUCAGUUACUUUUGAGGAAGUGAAGUUAGUAGUAUUUCAGAUGGGCAGUCUUAAGGCACCGGGACCAGAUGGUAUUCCAGCUCAGUUUUAUCAACAAUAUUGGUCAACGGUGGGUACUGAUAUUUGGAAGGCGGUCUCCCAUUUCUUCUCUACAGGUUACAUACUCAGGGAGUGGAAUUACACCAACAUCUGCCUCAUUCCAAAGACUGAAAGACCAGAAGAAGCAAGUCAAUUUCGUCCCAUCAGCCUAUGUAAUGUUAUUUAUAAAAUAAUAUCUAAGGUCAUUUCUAACCGUCUUAAACCAAUAUUGAGGGAGUUGAUUUCCCCAUUCCAAAAUGCCUUCGUUCCCGGGAGACAAAUGGUUGAUAAUUGCUUAAUCGCCCAUGAGUUGGUCAACAACAUCAAACAGACAACAUCCGGCAAACAGUAUCUGGCGGCUCUGAAGAUUGACAUGUUUAAAGCCUACGACAAAGUAGAUUGGGAUUUCUUAGAUUGGCUGUUGGCGCAAAUGAGAAUCCCAAGUAAAUGCCGUCAUUGGAUCAUGCAAUGCGUAACUACUGUGUCUUACUCAAUCAUUGUCAAUGGAGAACCUACUUCUCGUUUCUAUCCUACUUGCGGUCUCAGACAGGGAGACCCAUUAUCCUCCUACCUUUUCAUUCUUGUUAUGGAUGUUCUGUCUAGAAUGUUAACUAACGGGAUAGCUGACAAAUCCUUUGAGGGAAUAAAAAUAUCCAGACUGGGACCUUCAGUCUCACAUCUUUUUUUUGCAGAUGACUCUCUAAUUUUCUUCAAAGCAAAUCCGAAGUCUUGUGAUGGAGUGAAGAAUAUCGUAUCAGAGUUCAGCAGAUUAUCAGGGGAAGUUAUCAACUACCAUAAGUCUCUGAUUAUGUUCAGCCCAAACACGCCUCACAAUUCUCGUCAACAAAUGAGAGCUUUAAUUAAUACCCCAGUUGCAGAUUCUCUUGGAAAAUAUUUGGGUGCGAAUAUCGAAGUGAAUGGAAGGAAUACCAGAUUGUAUCAUCCGCUAGUAGAAAAGGUGGAGAAAAAGCUCUCAAGCUGGCAUAAUCUCUCACUCUCGCUCGCUGGACGAAUCAUAUUGAUUAAUAGCAUCCUAUCUAUGCUCAGUCUGAAUAUUCUCAGUACUUUCCUCAUACCUAAGACUAUAGCAAACCGGUUGAAUUCCAUCUUUGCAAGGUUUCUGUGGGCUGGUACAAGUGACAAAAAACCUAUCUACUGGAAAGGAAAGUCAACGCUGGAGUUACCUAAAAGUAGCGGAGGGCUAGGUAUAAGAAAUGUUCAUCUUUUUAACAAAGCGUUGCUUGCAAAGCAAGCAGUUAGAAUUCAUAACUCCAGUCACUCUCUGAUAGCUCAUUUGGCUGUCCAAGAUUGCGAGGGAGGUUUCACUAAAAUAAUAGGCGAUGGCUCGGACACCAAAAUAUUAGAGGAUAAGUGGGUUACAGGUGAACCCAUCAAGCUUAAAACUGGAAUACAGUUACAAGAAAGAGGAAUUCGCACUGUUAAAGAUUUAUUUGUGGUAAAUCAAAAGAGGUGGAACUCGGAGCUCAUAUGGAAGCUCUUUGUGCCAGAAUCGUCUACUAGGAUUCUCACAACCUACAUUCCUAAGGAGCAUAUUCAGGAUUAUUAUGCAUGGAGUGAAUCUAGGCACGGGGAUUUCCGAGUAAAGGAUGCUUACGUAUUCCUUCUGGGACUGAGAGGCGGUCCUCAAUCCAAUUGUUCUCAUAGGAGAUUCUGGAGUAAACUCUGGGCAUCAGAUCUUAGACCCAAAUGGAAAAUUUUUAUCUGGAGACUUCUCCAGAAUUCCUUAGCUGUCAAUUGCAACCUAGCAAAGCGCAACAUUCCCAUCAGUGUUAACUGCAGCAUAUGCCAUCAAUUUCCAGAGGAUGAAAAGCAUCUAUUCAGAGACUGUGAUACCUCUUCUCGAAUAUGGUCUGCUUCGGUCCUCGGGAUUAAUACGCGGUCAAGUGUAUACAUUCCGCUUGGAGAUUGGAUUCGGAAUUUCUUACAUCUCUUUUGGCGGGAAGAUGGGUUAAAUUCUGAGAGGGUAAGAGAGUUUGUGACUACUCUCUGGUCAAUCUGGCUUUAUCGAAAUAAUAUUGUGUUUAACAACUUAACUGAACACCCGAUGGCUAUAUUUCAAAAAAAGAAAAUCCUUCUCGAAGAAUUCGAUGAGAGCGGUAAAAUAACAAGGAAGCAACUUAAGAGGGGUUCAAUUGCUUCGGAUUCAUAUCAGCCAGACUCACCUCUUUUUCGUAUUGUUCAGUCAAACGUAUGCUCAGUUUUAGUAGACGGAGCUUGGAAGAGACAUAAACUAAAUUAUCCGAGAGCGGGAAUAGGGUGGACAGCCUAUAUGAACGGUUAUAAGAUAUUUGAGGGUAACGACAAGGUUUUAGCUUCUUCUUCUCUACAAGCUGAAGCCCUAGCAGUGUAUCGGGGUCUCCAUGAAGCUUACUCAAAAGGAUUCCGAAAUAUUCAAAUUCACUCAGAUUCAGCAGAGGUUGUGCGUGCAGUGACUAGUCCACAUCAGCCAGUCGAGAUUGCCACAAUUAUACAUGAUGUCAGGGCUCUGGCUCAUCGUGUUCCUCAAUGGGGAAUUACGAGGGUUAAGAGAGAAAAUCUAGUUGUAGCGCACAAUUUAGCAAUAGCGGCUAGGCAAGGUAAAUUACUUUAG